AUGGGCUUGUCGGCGUACGAAGAGCGCAUGGUCAAGCCAGCGUUGGCUUUCAGAAAGUUUCUCGAUCACGGCCCGAAGAUCACCAACAUCUUCUUCAUCGCCAGUAUCUCGUGUAUCUCGGGCUUGAUGUUUGGUUUUGACAUCUCGUCCAUGUCGGCGUUUUUAGACCAGAAGGCAUACCUUCUGUACUUCAACCACCCAGGCUCCGAUAUGCAAGGCUUCAUCACCGCUUCCAUGUCGCUUGGUUCCUUCUUUGGUUCUUUGGCCUCGUCGUUUGUGUCUGAGCCUUUUGGUCGUAGAGCGUCGUUGAUGAUUUGCGCCUGGUUGUGGAUGAUUGGUGCUGCCAUCCAGUCGUCUGCUCAGAACAGGCCGCAAUUGAUCAUUGGAAGAUUCAUUUCUGGUGCUGGCAUUGGCUUUGGUUCUUCGGUGGCUCCCGUCUACGGCUCGGAGCUUUCCCCAAGAAAAGUCAGAGGUUUCAUUGGCGGGAUGUUCCAAACCAGUAUUACGUUGGGCAUCUUGGUGAUGUUCUACAUUUGCUUUGGCUGCAGCCACAUCGACGGCGUGGCCUCGUUCAGAAUCUCCUGGGGCAUUCAGAUUGUGCCUGGUCUUAUUUUGUUCCUCGGCUUGUUUUUCAUCCCAGAAUCCCCCCGAUGGCUAGCCAAAAACGGCUACUGGGACGAGGCAGAGCAGAUUGUCGCUGAUAUCAACGCCAAGGGUAACAGAGAGGACCCUGAUGUGAUCAUUGAGGUCCAGGAGAUCAAGGACCAGUUGCUUUUGGAGGAGAACGUCAAGGCUUUCACCUUUGCCAAAUUGUUCUCCAAGAAGUACCUCCCCAGAACCAUCACCGCCUUGUUCGCCCAGAUCUGGCAGCAGAUGACUGGUAUGAACGUCAUGAUGUACUACAUUGUCUAUGUGUUCAAGAUGGCGGGUAUUUCUGGUAACGCCAACUUGGUUUCUUCUUCGAUCCAGUAUGUGUUGAACUUUGGCAUGACGGUGAUUGCUCUUUUCUUGAUGGACAAGAUUGGAAGAAGACCCUUGUUGUUGAUCGGCGCUGCUUUCAUGACCACCUGGCAGUUUGCUGUUGCCGGGCUUUUGGGCCACUAUUCCGUUCCCUACCCUGACUCUGGCAAUGAUUCCGUGACCAUCCAAAUCACCGAUGAGCACAAGCCUGCUGCUAGAGGUGUGAUCGCUGCUUGUUACUUGUUUGUUUGUUCCUUUGCUGUUUCCUGGGGUGUGGUUAUCUGGGUGUAUGUUUCUGAGAUGUGGGGAGACUCUGUUUCCAGACAAAGAGGUGCUGCUUUGGCCACAGCCGCCAACUGGAUCUUCAACUUCGCCAUUGCUAUGUUCACGCCUCCUUCGUUCAAAAACAUCAAUUGGAGAACCUACAUCAUCUACGCCUCGUGCUGUGUGGCCAUGGGCCUCCAUGUGUUCUUCUUCUUCCCCGAGACCAAGGGUAAGAGAUUGGAGGAAAUCGACCAGAUCUGGACAGAAAAGAUCCCAGCAUGGAAGAGUGCCUCUUUUGUGCCAAAAGUGCCAAUCUUGCCCGAAGAAAUCGAAGAAAAGGCUGCGGCAGAGCACGCAGAGAACAACCAGCGGUCUUCUUCCGAUUCGCCUACAGAAAAGGACCCCAACUUGGCUGUCUAG